CAGUAGCUGUUACGCUACGUUUGUGUGACCGCUGUACAAGUGUCCGGUCAAGUUGUAAGACACUGUUUUGAGUGGGAACCAUUUAAAGGAGAUGGAGGCGGAGACAUAUAAACGGAAAAAAGUGAGGAUAUUUUUGAACUUUUGCGCUAUCGUCUAGAACGGAACACAGAUAAAAUCUGGAAACAGGCAUCUGAGAAUAGCAUAUUCAUAUGAGAAAAAACUAACUUAUUCAUUAGCCUUAUCAGUAUUAGGAAUUAGGUAUGUUAGCAGGUUUUUUGCUGGAUUAGGGACUAUAAAUUAGGAGUAGUGAAACAAUGGGUUCAGAAGCGGGACAUUCGGAGAACGUGCAACAGAGUUCGCGGUUCGUUGCAACGUGGCUGGUGGGAGGGGUGGUGUUAGGGUUAUCGGUAUUGGGUUUGAGAUUUGCUUUGCCGAAGAAGAAGAAGAAGAGACCUAUACGGGUAUAUAUGGAUGGAUGCUUUGAUAUGAUGCAUUACGGCCAUUGCAAUGCUCUCCGACAAGCUAGGGCUCUCGGCGACCAAUUAGUCGUCGGUGUAGUUAGCGAUGCUGAAAUCAUUGCCAACAAAGGCCCUCCUGUCACUCCUCUUCACGAGAGGAUGAUUAUGGUCGGUGCUGUUAAGUGGGUGGAUGAAGUCAUCUCUGAUGCCCCCUAUGCUAUUACUGAAGAUUUUAUGAGGAAACUAUUUGAUGAGUAUAACAUAGACUAUAUCAUUCAUGGGGAUGACCCUUGUCUUCUUCCCGAUGGCACUGAUGCUUAUGCCCUUGCUAAGAAGGUUGGUCGCUAUAAGCAGAUCAAGCGUACAGAAGGAGUUUCAAGCACUGAUAUAGUCGGUCGAAUGCUUCUUUGUGUGAGAGAAAGGUCCACUGGUGACUCCCCCAGUCAUGCAUCCUUGCAGAGACAAUUUAGCCAUGGUCACAGCCAAAAAUCUGAAGAUGGUGGUGCUAGGAGCGAAACACGCGUAUCUCAUUUUCUUCCUACGUCUCGUAGAAUUGUACAAUUUUCCAAUUCAAAGGGAGCUGGACCUGGUGCUCGCAUAGUUUAUAUUGAUGGUGCUUUUGAUCUCUUUCAUGCUGGACAUGUAGAGAUACUAAGGCUUGCUCGAGGACUUGGAGACUUUCUACUUGUUGGCAUUCAUACUGAUCAAACUGUAAGUGCCAAUAGAGGUGUGCACCGUCCAAUUAUGAAUCUUCAUGAAAGGAGCUUAAGUGUUUUGGCUUGCCGCUACGCCGAUGAAGUGAUUAUUGGUGCUCCAUGGGAGGUGUCAAAAGAUAUGAAAUAUGCUCGUAUGGACAGUGUAUAUUACUGAUAUGGGGGCACCCAAGGGUGUGCCUAGUGGUCAAUAAAGUGGGUGAGAACUAUGAGGUCUCAGGUUCAAAUUCCAGCGGAGGCAAAAAACACUAGGUGAUUUCUUCCUAUCAAUUCAAGCCUUGGUGGAUAGAGUUACCUGGUACCUGGUGCUGGUGGGAGGUGGCAGGUACCUCGUGGAAUUAGUCAAGGUGCGCGCAAACUGGCCCGGACACCACGGUUAUUAAAAAAAAAUUUACCGAUAUGGCUUAAAUGGUAAGGGAGGCCCAGAAUUCUAAUAGUUUUGGGGCUCAGUUCUCCCUUUGGUAGGAAAAAUUUGUAUUUAGUCGUUUUCCUCAUAAAAGUAACUUUGUUUGCUACUUCAUUUGUUACAAAAGAGCUAAAUUAUACUCCUUAUUGUAAUUUUCCUAAUAAUAGGUAAACUUACUCCGCCUAUCAGAAAAUAAAAAGAGACUAAGUUAAUCUCACUUUAUCUCUUCCCCACAAAAGAAAUUUAUUACGUUUGUUGGCUGUUGCUUGUUAUAUGUAUUCUUUCAUAAGUCAUGUUUGAUUAGAGGGAAUUUCAGGAGUUAUUGGUAUUGACUGGAAUUUGCUUUGCUUCCAUAAGAUCUUUAUUGAGCAGAGAGUUCCUUUUGGAGAUAAAGAAAUUAGAUGCUUUAUUAUAAACUGUAAUUUGAAAGCUAACGCUUCCCUCUCACUCUUGAGUUGAUCUCAUAGAGUAUAAUCAUGUUACUCCUCAUUUAUCGUGUAGUGACUUUUUCUACAA